AUGUGUAAAUGCAGGGGUCCACACGACGGCUGGUGGCAGUAUUAUCACAUAUCGCGUCGACAAAACGGCGACGGCGAUGCUGCUGCGGACGGCUGCAUACAAGAAUUUGAUAUUUGCCUCUGCGAAACCAACAAUGCUGAGGAUAUUAUGGACGCGCCAAGGAUACCGCCUCAGCAGGCCCGCGAGCCGCUGGAUAUUCAAAAACAACUACUCAGUCCUCCACGAGCCACUAUUUAUGGCUCUUCAACCGGCGGCAGCGGCGGAGGCACAGGAGGUUCUCUCGCCACAGCCCUCGCGCUCACCUCAGUUCUGACAGUGCGGAAAGUGGGAAGGUAUCCCUCCGCGUUAGUAACAACAGAUUCCAUCUUCGACUUCUCGCCCCUCGCUAUCGCCUCAUUGCACCCCGACGCUGGUAUGUCCUCACUCAAUACCCUCAAAACCAGGGAACUCUUCUCCUCACCACCUUCAACGCUCGAUCCGCUUGCGUCACCCCUCCUCCUCUUUCGCGGCUCAGCGUUUCACACGACCGCCUUCCCACGGUCUUGGUCCCCAAGCCUAACACUGCCGGGGGUGAUUGAUGUGGACUCGGACUCAGACUUUCAGGACUCGAUGAGUGAGCUGGACUCAGACUACGACUUUUCGGACUCACCAACCUCACCCAAUUCCCCAACCUCAGCACUUCCACCUUCCUCACCACACCCCGACCCCGACACACCAAUAGACCUCAACCCCACCCGUCCCCAAAAACGGAGCUACCUCAAGUUCCCCCCCGCACACUCCGGGUUGCGGCUUCCGAUGUGCAACUUCCAAAUCUCGCACCCGCUUCCUUCACCACCACCAUCUAAAUCCAGCAAGUCCGCCAGUUCCAAAUCCGCAGCGGUACCGCACCCAGACGAACCGCUAGAGGUGGUACAAGCGGAGUUGAUGGCGGCGGCGGUGAAUCGGUCGGUGAGGAUGGGGUAUGAUACGCCACUUUCUCGGCGGGGAGAUGAGGGGGGGGGUGGGGAUAAGAGGGCUGUUGUUAGGGAAUUGGAGGGGGAGGGCGAGGUGGAGGAGAGGGGAGCGGUUGGGGCGAGGGAGUGGUUGAGGGAUACCAUGGAUUGGCGGUGAGUAUGUUGUUUUCUCGGUUUGGGGUUUAGGUCAUUGGCGUUAGAUGGGAUGCGAUAGGAGGUUUGGGCGGGGAUAGUGGGUGAGAUGAGAUGCACAAUGUGCUAUAUAAAUAGACAUAUAAACGACUACCUACAAGAACGGCUCAGCCAUGCAUAUCUUGCUGGUCUCGCCUCGUCCGUGGCUGUGGGGAGGGGUGGGGGUGCUGAUAGCUGCGAAAUGACUGCGAGGAUAAAUGUAAAGCGACAAGUGAGAAUAAAUAAAUAAGCGGUGACGGCAAGAAUCAAGGUAAAACGACAGCAAGAAUAAAUCCAAAUCGACAACAAUAAACCCAACCCCACCACCCCUCCUCACAUCCACUCACAACCCUCCCUUCCCGUCCGAUGUAAUCCCACAUACGGUCGAAUCCUCCUCCUCCUUCCUCUCCUGCCGGGCUCUGUGCACGAUCCCGCGGUACGCAAUGAGCUGUUAGGGAGGGAGGCAUUCUCAUCCUUAGCUCUUUGCGGCGUGAUGGAAUAGUGUUCCUAGGAUCUCGGAUUUAAUUGGAAACGAACGAGAUGUAGUUGGAAAUGGUGAGGUAGGAAGAGGAGAGAGGGGAGGUGCAAAAAAAUAUACCAAUGGGGUCUUGCCCGAGAUCGAAUCGGGGACCUCUCGCAAACAUUGCUGUAGGGUGGACCCUAAGCGAGAAUCAUACCACUAGACCACAAGACCCUUUCUAUGAUCGUCAGGGGUGGUGAUUGGCACAGUCAUCAAUCAAAACUAUCACCAAAAAUCACAGCUUACACAACACAACACACACGGACGGUCACCA